AUGCCGUUUUGUGUGGCUUUUGGUUGUUCAAAUCAAACAGAAAACAACAAAAAUGUUUCUUUCCACACCAUGCCUAAAAAGCAAUCAUUAUUUAAAAAGUGGGAAGUGGCUAUUGGGAGAACAGAUUUACCUCCAAGUGGAAGAUUAUGUUCUGAUCAUUUUGAACAAUCGUGUUAUGUCUCGACAACAACAUUAAAACAGGAACUUUGUGGUGACUUGUAUUCAGCACGUAAAGCUACCCGUCGCCGAUUGACACCUGAUGCCGUGCCAACCUUGUUUAAACAUAAGGAAAAUAAAAAUAAGGAGAGAAGCACUUCUGUUGGCCGAUCUACACGUGCUGAACAUGUUAGGAUUGUUACAGAGGCAAUGGCUUCAUUCGAAUGUGAAACAGAUGCUCCUGUAGUUUAUCACGACGAUACAUCUGAGAUAGAGCCUAUAACAUCAGAGGACCAUUUUCAGAAUGCUGAAGUUCAAACUGAUAGAAUUUACAACGUCCACGCUCAGACAGAUACAACAAACCUGAGACGAGUAACAACUACAGAUUUCGGUUGCAAUUUCAAGGAAAUCAUUUGCAAAGUAAACGUUUCAACACAAACUGACUUUGAUAAUAAUAUUAAUACACAGUUAGAACAAUCCAGGUAAGCACCAACAGUUAGCAAUAUUAAUUGAAAGAAGGCAUUUUCGUUGGGGUGUUUUUUUUACUCAUGAUAAUAUAU